AUGGCGGAGCCGACGGGAGAGUUCCUGCCAGGAACCAUACAGAUGUUCGUGCAAGGCGAGAGCGGUGAUCUGCGCGACCAGGAACUCACCCUCACGCCUCCGCCAACGGACAGCCCAAAUGAUCCGCUGAACUGGAGCUUGUGGCGCAAGUACUGGCAUUCAACGCUCGUGCUGUUUGUGACGGCCUUGACAGCCGCCACCGCCAACGAUGCUGGAGCUGGUGGCGAUGGCAUGUUGUACGAACUCGGCAUCCCAUACUCUGUCGCCAACACAGCCGCCGGUGUUCUGUUUCUGGCCAUCGGCUUCUGGACGCUGUUGGCGAGCCCUAUGCCUUGGCUCUAUGGCCGACGCAUCCAGUAUCUAGUCUGUUUGUUAUGGGGCGUGGUGGGAUCGAUCUGGUUCGCGAGAAUUCAGAACAGACAGGAUUCCAUUUGGAACCAAAUGUUUGUCGGCGCCUCCGAGAGUUGUGCAGAAGCGCUGGUUCAGCUUUCGCUGUCCGACUUGUUCUUCCAGCAUCAACGUGGUACUGUCUUGGGCAUUUACAUCCUUGCGACAUCCAUUGGAACAUUUCUUGGUCCACUUGUAGCUGGCUACAUUGCCAUUGAUAGCUGGAGAUGGAUUGGUUGGACGGGCGCCCUAAUUUGUGGUGGAACAAUGAUCGUCUUCUAUUUCGGACUCGAAGAAACGUCCUUUCAUCGCGAAGCAAUUCUUGGACAGCAUGCUGGCAAUCCGUCGGCCUCUCAGACCCUUGACAAUGACGAAAAGACAACCGGGUCACAGGACCAGAACGAUACUGACGCCAGAGAAUCGACCGAUAGCGAGGCAAUGCGGUUUACGGACAAGAAGAAGACGUACUGGCAACGCAUUGCUCUGAUUACCCCCGCGCCGAAUAUGCUUGGCACCGGACUCAAGCAGUAUUUUUAUCGUCUUUACCACACCCUCCGAGUCUUCCUCUUCCCGGCAGUCCUGUAUUCUGGACUUCAGUGGGGAGCUCAGGAUGCCUGGCUGUCGUUCUAUCUCACUGUAGAAGAAGACAAUUACUACGAUCCCCCCUGGAACUACUCCAACCAGGCCGUCGCCAUCAUGAAUAUCCCAACCCUCAUCGGCGCAACAAUGGGCUGUAUCUAUGGUGGCUACUUUUCUGACAUUUUCGUUGGGUGGAUGGCCAAAAGACGAGGUGGCAUCUCCGAAGCCGAGGACCGCUUGUGGUUGAUGUUCCUCUCCGCCAUCAUCAACCCUGCUGGUCUGAUACUGUUUGGAGUUGGCUCGGGGAAGGGCUGGAGCUGGCCCGCUCCGUAUGUUGGUCUCGCUAUGACUGGCUUCGGCUUUGGUUGUGCUGGCGACCUGUCUAUGGCCUAUCUCAUGGACGCAUAUCCUGACAUGGUUCUGGAGGGUAUGGUUGGCGUUGCCGUGAUCAACAACACUCUCGCCUGUAUCUUCACAUUCACGUGCAGCUACUGGAUCGAUGCUUCCGGUCUCAGCAACACCUUCAUCGCAAUUGGAGUCUUGUCGUUCUUCUUUCAUCUGCUGACCAUCCCUAUGAUGGUUUGGGGGAAGGCUUGCAGGCGUUGGACGUACAAGGGAUAUCAAAGGUUCUUGUACUUGCGAGACGGGGAACAGUGA